AUGGUCUCUCUUCGUCAACAAAAGAAACUUAACAACAACAACAUUGCAACAUUGACCUUAAAGUCGGGUCAAUCCUUCACUGGUGUAUCCUUUGGAGCAGACACCAAUGUCUCUGGUGAAGCUGUCUUCACUACUUCCCUCGUUGGUUAUCCUGAAUCCAUGACCGAUCCCUCAUACACUGGUCAAAUCCUUGUCUUUACUCAACCUCUCAUUGGCAACUACGGUGUGCCCGGUCCCGUCAAAGAUGAAUACGGUCUCUUCAAGUACUUUGAAUCUGAAAAGAUCCAAGUUGCUGGUAUCGUUGUGAACGAUUAUGCCACACGAUACAGCCAUUGGACUGCUGUCGAAUCCCUUGGCGAAUGGUGCAAGCGAUUCAAUAUCCCUGCCAUCAGCGGCGUUGAUACAAGAGCCGUUGUACACAUCUUGCGUGAGCAAGGAUCCACUCUCGGCCAUAUUGGUAUCAAUGGUGCGAAGCCAGUGUUUGCUGAUCCCAAUGCUGACAAUUUGGUCGCCAAGGUAUCCACUCCUGUGCCUGUUGAAUACAACCGUGGUGGUGAUAUCAAGAUUGCAGUGAUUGAUUGUGGCGUCAAGCAAAACAUCUUGCGAUGCCUUGUCAAGCGUGGUGCUCAUGUGAUGGUGCUUCCUUACAACUAUGACUUUUUGAAAGAUGCCGAUGCCUUUGAUGGUCUCUUCAUUUCCAACGGUCCUGGUAGCCCAACCACAUGCCCCGAAACCAUUGCCCAUUUGCGCAAGGCCAUCGAUACAUUCAACAAGCCUAUUUUUGGUAUUUGCAUGGGUAACUUGCUCCUCGGCAUGGCCGCUGGUUUGGAUACCUACAAGCUGCCAUUUGGUAACCGUGGUCACAAUCAACCUGCUUUGCAUGUUCAAACCGGUCAAUGCUCCAUCACAUCUCAAAACCACGGCUAUGCUUUGAAUGACAAGGCCAUACCCAAGGGCUGGAAGAAACUCUUUGUCAACGCCAACGAUGGCUCCAAUGAAGGCAUUUGUCAUGAGACUCUCCCUAUCUUUUCCGUCCAAUUCCAUCCUGAAGCUAAGGGUGGCCCACAAGACACCGAAUACCUCUUCCAAGAAUUUGUUGACCUCGUUCGUGAAGCCAAAGGCAAGCAAACCAAGGCUGCCGUUGCUGAACCCCAAGCUACCAAGAUCCCUGUUCCUGUAGUCGCAUAA